GCUGAGAGGGCCAGAGAACUGACAGUUGGAGGGCUCAUGGGGGACACGCCGACUCUCAACGGCAAAUAGAGGAUAGAAUCCCCUGAAGACAGAACAGAGGCUGGGCUGCUGCAGAAAUGGAGAUGUGCAGGAAGAAGUCAGUAAGUAAAAACUUAGCUCCAUCAUCCAAGACUUUUGAUCAUAUAAGUAUGAUGGCGAGCUAAAACCUGGGAUCAUCUAGAAGAAUAAUACUCAUCAUGUCUACCAUGGCCCAUGUACGGAAGAUCAGCCAAAAGCCUCCUCCGAUAGAAUCACUUGCAGUUCCACAAGUUCCUCGUGGUAAUUACUUGCACCUUCAGGAAGAGAAACAAAGACUACAGAUGAAGAAAUUCCUCCUAAAUAGGAUGUUUCUAGUGGCCAGCAUACAGGAAAACACAGACAAGAAGGACAUUGCAGAGUACUACGAACAUGUGUUCCAUUCGAUUAUGAGACGCCACCUGGGAGAAGCCGUGACAGGGCUGUUGCUCAUCUACCCAACUUCGAUGCUGCACAUCCUGGAGUCCUCCACGGGGACUCUCUACCAGAUCCUCCAGGAGCACCUGAGCCACCAAGAUGAAGAAACAGAAUUUAUGAUCCAAGAGAUGAAGAUUAUUGCCAUUUCCCACAACAUCCCGUCACGACUCUUCAUGCAGUGGCACGUCUCACUCAUCAAGGUCCCAGUCAUGUACCUCAACGACAUGACGCAGUCGGAGACCCUGGGAGAGGUCGUCACAGAGUUCCUCAGGCAGACUCAUAAACUUGGACUGUACCUUUUUAAGACUAUUAAGGUGGGCACUAAAGGGCUAGGUGAUAAUUUGCACCAAGUUAUCCCUGACCUACUCCCCCCUGAGCAAAUUAUAAAGUACUUGUGCACAUCUAACGAAUUCAUGAGCCCUGCAGAAUUCAUGAAUAUGUAUAAUAAGCCCAUCCAUGUGACCUCUGAUUCUGAGGUAGUAUGGCCUGCUCCUUCUUAUUUCUAGGCCUGAAAAAGACUACGUGCUCCUAUCUGUUCAGGAACACAUGCUUCUUAAACUGGCCUUUGUAAAUUCCAAAGUUACUCCUUUCUUUUAAAAAGGCAGAACAAAACUCUGUGAUCUAUAGAGUUUUUUUUCCUUAC